UAGUUACCAUGGUAACCAUAUUAUUCGUCGUUUUUGUUUUGUUUCUGUUUUUUAUUUCUGUCUAUUAAUUUCUUCUAGUAAAUACACCUUAUUGUUUUUAGUAUUCUUGAAAUGAAUUAUGCUAACAUGUGAUACGUGCGGCAUGGGUGCUAGUGUAAUUCUGCUGUCUCUUUAAGACGCUCUGGUUAAUUCAGUGUAACUAGAUGCGUUAGUUGAAACCUGUUUUUCUGCUGCUGCUGAUGCUCUGGAUGUUGCAGUGUGACCGAGGAAAAAAAGCAGCAACAGACAUCCCGUCGCGUUUACAUUCCCAAAUAACCCAGGCUUUAGACAGCAUACAUCAGGAUUACCUUCUGAAGAUGCGUUAUAAUUAGCCUGGAGAAAUCAUCAGCAUCGUCUGUUGUGAUCUGACACAAAGACAGACGUACUGGUUGGAUUUGGGUUUUUGUUACUGGAGGGACAAACUGAACAUCGUCGAAACGGAUAAAUAAGCACGAUGUCGUCGGAGAAACACGGAUUGGAGGAGGCAGCGGGAAGGCAGUCCAUGUCUCAGCCGAUGAUGCAAAUGGCUCCGCCCCCCUACCUUCCCACCCAGGACCCCAACAUGCCCCCACAUCCUCCUCCGCCUGGCUGUGCCCCGCAGCCCAAUUAUCCUCCUCCACCUCCUCCCCCCGGAUCAGAGGGGUACCUGCAGGAAACCCAGUUCCACUGCGGCACCCUCGGGCCCCAGGGAGCUCCGAACGGUUACCCAGUGCAGACGCACGGACCAGUAGGAACCGUCCCUCAUCCCCCAGUGGGCUACAUACAUCCAGGAUACCCCCUCCAGCUGCAGCCCUGCACGGCCUACGUGCCCGUCUAUCCCAUAGGCACAGGGGCGCAGCCUUACAUGCCCAACGGUGCACCUCAUCCAGGUGUUGCCCCCGGCCAGAUGGCCAUGCAUAUGCCAAACGGCAUUGCUCUGAUGGAGUCUCGUCGUCCUCCUCACGACUACCUGCCCAUCGCCGUCCUCACCACUGUCUGCUGCUUCUGGCCCACAGGAAUAAUCGCCAUCAUCAAAGCCGUGCAGGUGCGUACCGCUGUGGCUCGAGGCGACAUGGUUACAGCAGAGAUCGCCUCGCGUGAGGCACGUAACUUCUCCUUCAUCAGUCUGGCGGUGGGAAUCGCCUCCAUCGUGCUCUGCACCAUACUUACCGUAGUGGUCAUCAUUGCCUCUCAGCACCAUGAUGACGACUGGGAGCCCUAGAGAGCCCAGCACAGGACGCACCACCCCAUCCUGACCCCAGGCCAUCAUUCCAGUCGGUAUUCUGCUUUUUCUGUCACACGGCACAGUUCUGACGGCUCAAGCCAACACAUGCUAAUCUGCUGUUGAAAAUACGCUUUUGCAGCCAUUUGCCCAUGUAUUAGUUACAAGAUAGAUCGACGGUACAGUACAUCCGAGCGUGGGGAACACAGCUCAUCUACUUUGUUGUAAGCAGUGUACACUCACAUUAACCUACCUGAACACUUCCUGUUUCUCCUAAACAAAAGCCUGUGGUAGAUCAGUAGUUAGAAAUAUAGCGUACUAAAGAGUCAGGUCAGAUGUGCUAUCAUUUGCUCUUGAAAUUUGCCAAAAAUGUUACUUUUUAAAAGAAACAAACAAGUGUUACAGGAACAUCAUUUUGGUAUAAUUGUGUUUUUUGAUGUUCUAAACAUUCCAUCUAUUAUUUGUGCCAUUUAUCUCUUUAGAAAGAUAUAUUUCUUUGCAGGUUAAACUGAGAAAUUGAGUUACUGUGUUUUCUAUACGCUAAGUAUUGAAAAGUGUAAAAUAAUGUAUUGAACAAGUCAAAAUACUAAUAGAGUAUUGAAAUACAUUUCACAUUUCAUUUACCCAAAGGUACUCAAGUUGUGUGGUUCAGAAGAGUGUAUAUCAGUAUUGACUACUCAGUGGUUUCUUUUCUGAAACCCGAGGCCUGAAAUCUACUCUACGCAGUACACAAACUCAGAUGCAAAUGCUUGCUACAUUGCUAGCAUGCAGUUCUGUUGUGCAUAUUUAAAGCUAGUAAUGCUCCUAAAGCCAAAUUAAAGUUUUCAUUUAGCUGAAAACUGAAACUAAGAAGUCUGCCCUGCUGAAAAAAACAGUAGAAGCCAUCACAGAAAUUCUAAUGGUUUCUGCUACAAAUACAUUACAAACCAUCAACUUUUAACCAUUAAAACAUUUAAAAAGGUUUUCUGUAGUGUGUUUGGGGCAUAUUCCAUUUAGUUACCAAUAGAAGGUGACCAAUUACUAGUAGAAACCUAAAGGGUCCAUUACAGUUUCCAAUAAAAUCACUACAAGUCACAUUAUAACCAGUAAAACCAUUACAGAUUUUGUGAUGGUGUCUAUUUUAUUUAUUUAUUUUUCCAGCAGGGUGGGUAAUUACAUUUGGGUAUUAAUUAAACUCAGUAUGUUGUUCAGGGUGUUGUGUUCAUACAGUAGAUGAUAAACCAGUCAUAAUAAAGGUCUUCAGCAACAAGCCUCCUCUCUAUUUUAGCUAAACAAAUUUUACAUACAUUACGCUAUGCUUUAGCAUCAUUUUUGGUUUACCUGUUUGUCUGUUGUAUCCUAUACGAAACAAUAUUGAUUCUUAAAUCCCAUGAAUUGAUUAGUCUCACCUGUUUUCAUUUAAUGAACUGAAUAUUUUAAUGCGCCUUCUAUCCAAUAAAUCACAAUAAACUUUGUGCUUUGUUACUUUUGAUAUGAAACAAAGUCUCAGACUUCAAACUCUGUCCAUUUUUACAAUAUUUAAACAAUAAAUGCCGUUUUGGCGCUGUUUAAUGUGGAGUGACACAUCGCUGUAGUACCUCAUCUCCUCUGAUUUAAUACUAGUUACAGCUCGAAAUAAACAUUAAUAAAUGUACGAAAGGCAUGUUAAAAGAAAGCGAAAUCCCUAUCCUGUCUGAUAUAAUCACAGUAUAUUAGAAUGUCAAAAUAACAGAUUGUAAACAAUGUCAAGUACUGUCACUUUUACCUCAGAAAAAAAACAUUUGGUGACCAUAUGUUCGUUAUAGAGGGUUUGUGCUUACGUCACGAUUUGGUCAGUUACCCGCAUGCAUGGCCAUAUUGGCGAUACUCCGAUGUAAACAGCACCAUGGAUUGCAUGGUUAAUGUACUACUUAAUAGAUUGUUCUGUUAAUUUAUGCUGUCUAAACAAAGGAAAAAACAUGUGGAAGCUGCUAAAUCAUAUAGAGAAGGACUUAAUAAGCAGGAAAGGGAAAUAAUUGACCAUCUGAAGUUAUUCGGUGGUAAAGAUACAUACAAGCAGUAUUAAUUAAGAUAUUAUCCUAAUAUUUCACCUACCUGACCAAAAAUGAUAAGAACAAGUACUGAAUACUAAAUACUAAAUACUAAAUGUUGUCAACUUUCUUGCCCUGGAAACCCCAGUUCAGUUUGGCCAACCACAAAUGCCUUUUGUUCCUCAGACAGUUUUUUGCACUCUUCUCCUUGAUUUGUUAUAACUUUUGUCAGUCUAUAGUACUCCAAGUGUUUUUCUCAGUCCGACCGAUUAGUACAGACCACAACAUGACAAAAAAUGACCAUUUUCAGCAGCAAUAAUCAGCAAAAUAUGCAAGUUUUUUUUCAGUUCAGUGGCAUUGUUUGCAUUCAGUGCCGCCAACAUGGCCGAUUGAUGACGCGUCAUGAAAACACUUUAUUAGUCUAGCCUGUUUUCAUUUAAUGAACAGAAUAUUUUAGCACAUCUCCCAUCCAAUAAAUCGCAAUAAUCUUUGUGCUUUGUUACUUUUGAUACGAAAAUUCUGGAUUUCAAAUUCUGUCCAUUUAUUACAGUAUUCGAACAAUAUAUACCAUUUUGGUGCUGUUUAAUGUGAAGUGACAGAUCACUGUAGCACCUCAGUUUAAGAGAAGCGCACGUGAACUGAUCAUCUCCUCCACCUUAAUACCGGUUUCAGUAUGAAAUAAACAUGAAUAAACAUCCGAAGGUAUGUUAAAAGAAAGAGUACAACUUACCGAAAUCCAUAUACUGUGUCAUGUAAUCGCUCAAUCAGUGUUUCAACUAUGGAAAGAUGGCAGCAUAACAGCUAAUAAACAGCGUCACUUAACGUCACAUUUACCUUUAGAAAAAACUUAUUUGUGACACAUUGGGAUCACAAAACCAGUCAUAAGGGUCAAUUUUUCACAAUUGAGCUUUAAACAUCACCUGAAAGCUGACUAAAGAAGCUUUUCAUUGAUGCAUUGAUGUAUGGUUUGUUAGGACAAAAUUUGGCUGUGAUACAACUAUUUGAAAAUCUGGAAUCUGAGGGUGCAAAAAAAUCUUAAUGUUGAGAAAAUCGCCUUUAAAGUUGUCCAAAUAAAGUUCUUAACAAUGUAUAUUACUAAUCAAAAAUUAAGUUUUCAUAUAUUUACAGUAGGAAUUUUACAAAAUAUCUUCAUGGAACAUGAUCUUUACUCAAUUUCCUACUGAUUUUUGCCAUAAAAGAAAAAUCAAUAAUUUUGACCCAUACAAUGUAUUUUUCGCUAUUGCUACAAAUAUACCCCAGCAACUUAAGACUGGUUUUGUGGUCCAGGGUCACAUUUGGUGACCAUAAACACAUUAGUCAGCUAGAAAAAUGAACACUAGAGAGUAGUGUUUCGCUAAAUAUAUGCACCAAAUAACAUAUAUAUAUAUAUAUAUAUAUAUAUAUAUGUUUUGUGUUUUUUUUGCUGUUUUUAAAUGUUUACUUUAUGUUUGAUUAAAUUUGUCCUUUAAAUUUAAAUGUUUAUAUUUCAAAAAACGAAUUGGAGUAGAAAUAUAAUUAUGUAAUUGUAAAGUUGUAUUUGUAUACAAAUCAAUUAAUUUUAACCUCAAAUAUUAUAGUAAUGUAGUACCAGCUGACUCUCAUGUAUAUUUUAAAGCAUUAGUGGAGAGAUUUUUUUCCUUGAGAGAAUGUGUCAUGUACUAUACCUAAUAUACAUCCAAAAUAAUCAAUACUGAACCAAAUCGAAACAGGAAUUGAAUCGCAAGCUUGUGAAUAGAAAUCGAAUUGAAUCGUGACAAUACCCAACCCUAAUUUUUAUUACUAAAAUGUUAUAUUUUUGCACUACUAGUGGCGCAGUUGCAGUUGCAAAUGGCCAGUGUUUCAGAUGUUUAACUGCAAAAAUGCAUUCUGUGUGAAUGGCCCUUUAUUGUGGUUAUGUGGUUAUUAUGUCUACAAGUUAUUUAAAAAACUGUUAGCCUGCCACGACACUGAACUGACCCCAGAAGAAGACAGUUUAUGCUAAUGUAUAGCACCCCUUGUGGCAACACUGAGAAUACAAUGUGUUUUUGCGUAUCAUUACGAAUUGCUGACAAGUUUUAAAAUGCAACAACAUGUGAUAUUAACUAAAAGCAUUUGCGUUCAUGUACUUGCGUAGAGUAAGUGUUCCCCAAGUGUCUUGUUGCAAACCGGUCUGGAAUCGAAUCGGGAAUGUAUUCUAGGGUGAAAUUACUACUUCAUUACUGACUUUUGUAAAUUGGCUCUUCAUUGAAGGAAGACAUGAGAUUUGUGUGUUGUGAACUAGUGUAUUAUUUAUUGUUUGAACUAAAUUAUUCAUUUGUGUAUUAUAAUUCUAUAUUUAUUGAAAUAUGUAAUCAUAGGGUCUAACUGUUGUGCUGAAACAUUUGGUUAUCUCUCCUAGAUAACAGUCAGUCAUCGCAGAUGAUUGCUCAGCUGGCAUAUUUUGAAGAAGCAUGUGAUAAUAUGCACUUUUCUGCUCAGUAAGCAAGUAGCUAGUUUGUCUCACUUCUUUGUAGAUGAGAGUGUAACUUGCUUCAAGUUCUGACCUCAUUGAAACUCCUCACAUGCUGCUGUCAGUUAGCUGUAGUUUGUUAGGUAAACGCAUUUAGCACAAUGGUUUGGUUGAAUGAAAAGGGUCAAACAAUCCUAGAGUGCUCCUACAUAUAUAUAUAUAUUGUACUGAAACAUGGAUGCAAUGUUUUAGAGAUUUAUUUUAGGACUCCAGUAUGUGAAUUAAUCUGCUUUAAAAAGAAAUGCAUCCAUUUGUGCCAUCCACUGACUGUAUAAUCUCUAAAUCUCUUUAUUUUCAAGCAAGAGUUCAACCGAAAAUUAAAAGUCUGUCAUUUACUCACUCUCAUGUCAGUCCAAAAACCUUGACUUUCUUUCUUCUAUGGAGCAUGAAAGGAGAAACUAAAAUGUUGAUUAUUACCACAAAACAUUACAAAAUUGGUGUCAAAUCUAUUAUGUGACUUCACAAGAUUUGGAAUAUAGUGCCUGAAUUAUGUGGACUACUUUUAUUUGAUGUUAUUUUAUUUAUUUAUUUAUUUAUUUUUAGGAUAUAAAGCAUAAGAUAACCCGAAUUGUGUGGACUGCUUAUUUUAUUUUAUUUAUUUAUUUAUUUUAGGAUAUAAAGCAUGAGAUAAGCCCAAAUUGUGUGGACUGUUUAUUUUAUGUUAUUUUAUUUAUUUAAUUAUGUUUUUUUUAACAUAUGAAGCAUGUGAUAUGCCCAAUUUUUUAUUUUGUUUAAUUUAAUUUUAUUUUAUUUUUUAGGAUACAAAGCAUAAGAUAAACCCGAAUUGUGUGGACUGUUUAUUUUAUGUUAUUUUAUUUUAUUUAUUUAUUUAUUUAUUUUAACAUAUGAAGCAUAUGAUAUGAUCAAAAUUGUGUGGACUACUUUAUUUUAUUUUAUUUUAUUUCAUUUCAUUUCAUUUCAUUUUUUGGGAUAUAAAGCAUGAGAUAAGCCCGAAUUGUGUGGACUGUUUAUUGUAUGUUAUUUUUAUGUAUUUAUUUAUUAAUUUUAACAUAUGAAGCAUAUGAUAUGCCCAAAUUGUGUAGACUACUUUAUUUUAUUAUUAUUAUUUUUUUUAAUCAUUUGAUACACCUAGUUCCCACUUUGCUUUCCCUGUAUGGAAAAGCUCAGCCUAAAUCUGCAAAAUUUUGUAUUCCACAGAAAAAGGAAGUCAUAAAGGUUUUUUUCAACAUGAAAGUAAAAAUAAUGGCCGAAUUUAAAUUUUUGGAUUGAUUCAGUGGAUGUUCUUUCCAUUUAUGUACUGUAUAAAGCUGUAGGAUUUCUACAUUUCAGGCUUGACAGUCAUACAAAGAGUAAAAUGUGCUUUGUUUUAGUAAAAUACAAAAAAGAAAACAGCCAAUUUUGAUAAACGAAUGUGAAAGACGGGAGAAAAAUCAUCAUUUGCAUCCAUUUUGAGCACUUUCUGUCCUCUUCUGCCAUGUCACUCAAUUUGAAGUAUUUAUUUUGCUUGUGCAAAUAUGAAGUGCGUCAUAUCGUUCUUUUCCUGCUCUCUUUAAUCGAUUUCUAAUAUCUUUCUGAUCUAUUUUUGAACAAAUGACUUGCAGCAUAUUGCAAGUGUUACGCUGAACUGUUUGUUGAAUGACUACUGAUGUAUCGUUUAUACCUGUUAGAGGUGUGAUUGCACAUGGUCAUGUUUAUAUGGGCUACGUGGAAAAAUAUGACCCUCAUUUUCUAACGAAGAGAGCAUAGUUUCAAUAGAAAUCCUGUCUGUUAAUAAGACGAGCUUGUCUGAUACAUUUUAUUUUGGUGUUUUAAAGUUGUGCAAACACUGUACAGUUGAUGUGAACCUAGCUCCUGUUUAUAAUUAGCCCAGCAAUAUGCUUUUUCACACUGUUGUGAUAUAAAGCAGACGCUUUAUUGUUAUAAACAUGGCCACUGAGAUCGGAUUACAUAUAGUUACUGCACACGGUUUCUCUAAGCUUGUAAAUGCAGUAGGUUUAUUAAAAAAGCCGCAAGCUCCCUUGUGUUUGUGUGCUUUUAGAGGUUUAUUCUAUGGUGAAUCUCACAAAACCUGUCUGGAACACAUUUCACCUUAAGUCAGUAGAAAGAGAUGUUAAUUUAUUUUUCUUUCAUUUGAUUUUGGAUGUGAACUGUGACUCGGACUCGGAUGUUUUUGUGAGAUUUUCCCUCUUAAUGAGGCCAGGCAUUGAUUUGCUGUGUAUGAAUCCAGAUUUGAAUUAAAGAGGAAUACCUGGUUGUGCAAGAA